AUGCGUCCCUUCCUCGCGCUUCUCCUCCUGGCGACAGAGGCCGUGGGUCAUGCGAUCCCGGCUGCCGAAAGCAACGAGAUCGCCGCCCGAUCCACCUCGACAUACCGAGCCCCCAAUGGCGUCCAGUUCGCCGUAGAGACGGGCUUCGACCACCACGGCGGAGACUACAAGUCCGUCACCGCCAACAGCCUCCAAAACUGCAUCAACGUAUGCUCGACCCAGGCCUCGUGCCGCGCCGUGUCUUACUCGGGCAAGACGUGCUGGCUCAAGUCUUCCGUCCAGCCCGCCGUCGCCAACAGCAAAGUCACCAACGCUGUUCGCUCUCAAUAUGUGCCCAAGCCUAUCUCCUGCCCUGCAGACGGCAGCAGUCGGGUCAAGGGCCCCGAUGGACGGACUUUCACCGUCCAGUGCGGCGUCGACCAUCCCCAUGGCGAUAUCAAGUCCGUCCAGACGCUGGACUUUGCCAACUGCAUCAACCUCUGCGACGAGACCUCGGGCUGCGUGGCUGCGAGCUGGCGCUCUGGCACCUGUUACCUGAAGAAGUCACUGCAGCCCGCAGUCGCCGUCUCAGGGGCCAGCACUGCUGUGCUGAGCUCCUUGGUGCCCAGCGGCCCGGCCUUCUGUCCCGGCCCAAGCGGCCAGCAGAUCAAGGAGACGAGCGGCAGGACGUUUACCGUCUUCUGCAACGCCGACCGUCCCGGCAGUGACCUGUCGAACAAGGCCGUGGCCAACUUUGGAGACUGCGUUGCUUGGUGUGACGAGUUCAAAGGAUGUGUUGCCUCCGUCUUCCACGACGGCCACUGCUGGCUGAAGAGCAAGGUUACUGCUCCUACCUUCCGGACGAACAGCCAGGUGGCCGUGCUCGACUCGGCACUGAACCCUCCGCCGUCCCUCUGCCCUAGCCUGAGCGGCAAGCAGAUCAAGGAGUCGAGCGGCAGAAGCUUCACGGUUGCCUGCAACGUCGACCGGCCUGGUGGUGAUAUGGCUACGGCGAAGCUCCAAAGCUUCAACAGCUGCGUCACAUGGUGUGACCAGACCAAUGGCUGUGUUGCUGCUGCUUAUCACGAUGGCGAGUGCUGGCUGAAGAAGACGGUGGGCAAGGCUACGGCGCGGGCCAAUGGUCAGGUUGCUGUGCUGAGCAGCAAGUUGCCGCAGACGUCGACCAAGGUUACGUCGACUUCUACGAAGAAGACUACUACGUCUUCAAGCACCAAGAAGACUACUACUACAUCUUCCACUACUAAGAAGACUACUACUACGUCUACUUCUACCUCGAAGACUACCUCCACCACCUCCACCAAAGCGUCGUCGACAUCAACCAGCUCUCAGUCUUCUCAGACUUCUACCAGUGCUGCUGCCUCAAGCAGCACUUCUGCUGUCACCUCCUCUAGCACCAGCUCUUCAGCUACCACUAGCUCUUCUGCUACCACAAGCCCUGCUGCUACCACCGCCUCAACUGAUGCCCCGGCUACCACAUCCUCCUCCAGCACUAGUUCUGGUGCUUCCAACACCUCAACUGAUGUCCCAGCUACUACAUCCUCAUCCGCUUCAGCGCCUGCGACCGAGUCCAACUCUGACAACACCUCAACAAGCACCUCGGAUGCUCCCACAAGUGUCCCAGAUGCUACGUCAAGUGCAGCUCAGACCACCACCACUGAUGAUGUUACCAUCACAACCGAUGUUCCAGGCAGCCUCGACAUCCCGGCUGGCCCCCUGAAGCUCCCCGCCCAGCCAACCGUGACUCUCCGCCCCCUUGCUCCCCCCAACGUCGAUGUUUCAAGCACCGAUGUCAUCAAGCCCAAGGAGGUCUCCCAGCUUUGGUUUGGAAGCACAGCCCCGCCGUCUGAUGCGUCGGAUGCCGUCAACGCCCCCACCGUCCGCGUCAACAUGACCUUUGAGUAUCCCUCGGUCAUCCUGGACAACUCUGCCAACAUCCUCAACAUCCAGUGUGGCUCAGGGUCCCUGUCCGCCAGCUUCAACGGCGCAGACGCCUACAACGCCGCUAAGCAGUCCUGGGCGGCUGCCGAAGGCGACAGCGACAACCUCAUCAUCAUCACCGCCGACCCCGGCUGCAGCUCAGACGGACACUACGUCUACUUUGUGGCGAGCCACAUUUCUUUCAACGACGGUGCCAAGUCUGUCAGCUGCUCUGGGUCAACCGAGACGGUUUCCGAUAUUGCCCAGGCGGUUGGCGUCGACUUUGGUGUUAUCGAGACGUCUACGCCGACGCUUGAGUCAAACCCGGAACUUGCGUCUACGUAUGGCUGUACUGUGCCUGACACUGACGAGGUCAACGGCUUGCCGGCGAUCUACUGUGGUCCUGACUUUGAUUUGCGCUUGAACAACAAGCUGGGCUACUAUUCCGUGGAAGACGAUGAUCUCGAUGCUACAUUUGCCGCUGUCAUCCCCGGAGUCUCAGCCAGUGACGUGGAGGCCCGCGCCCUUCUCGAACGCCGAUGCUGGCCCUCAUUUGCCUGCAAGGCCGCUGCCUGGGUUGAAAACACCGCAACCAAGGCAUACAACGCCGUCGCUGAUGGUGCCAAGUCCAUUGGCAACAGUCUCGCCAACAUGGCCACGGGCCUUGCCCAAGAUGCCGCCUCCAGCCUGAGCAACCUCGGAAGCUCAAUUCUGAAUAUGGCUGCGAACUUUGCAAAGGGGCUGUUGGCAGCGGCUACCUUCAUCAUCACUGGUGACUAUGACAGAUCAUUCGACUUCCCCGUGAGCAUUAAGCCGCCACAGAGCGCGCUGGAUGACUCUCCCUGGGGCGAUGGCUUCAAGUUCUACACCUGGACCCCCAACAAGGGUGAUUACUGGAAUGCUCAAGACGCGGCCCUCGACAAGAUCAAGGGCGUCGUCAUCGGCGAGGCUGAUCCGGAGCCUAGCGUCGAGUUCUGGUGUGUCGAUUGCCACGUCGACGGCCAGCUCAAGCUCGUCGGCAGCGCGUCUUUCUCCCUCAUCAACGGCCUCACCAAGGCCCAGCUCUCCCUGAACGGCAACCUGGAUGCCGGACUUUACCUUGGUAUGAAUGCCUUUGCGCAGUGGAACCCCAAGGCAGAGUACGACUUCUUGUCUCUCGGCCUGCCGGGACUGUCUAUUCCGGACAUCCUCGUCAUCGGACCUGUGCUGUCGCUGGGCAUCUCGGUGGAUCUGGACAUCAGCGCUGUUGGACAGUACCUUGUUGGCGCUGACAUGCAAUGGACUUCCCUCUCGGCGACGCUGGAUGCGCUCAACCCUCGCAGCUCCUCCAAGUCGGGCUGGACGCCCAACAUUCGAGACACGGUCCAGGCUGAUGGCAGCUUGACGGUCAACUCUACCCUCGGUCUCCCUGUGAGCCUCGGAUUCGGCAUCAACAUCCUUAACGGCAAGUACGACAAGGAGAUUAAGCUUGUCGAUACCCCCGGCGUUCGAGCCAGCAUGGAAUACGACUUCACCAACGAAGUCAACAACGGCGAGGUCAACACCGACCCCGAGGACGGUUGCUACGGCAUCCACUGGAGCGUCGGCAUGGUCAACACCGUCGUCCUCGACCUCUCCGACAUCGACCAGGGCACGUACACCCUGGACGAGUACGACGCCCCCGUCUUCGCCUCCGGCUGCAUCGGCGAGAGCCUCUCCAUCGCCCCCCCUGCCACCACCGUCGCUCCUCCAUCAGGCGGCGUCACCGCCGUGCCCCCCGCCGGCGCCAGCUGCGCCUCCCUCAGCUGUCCCGCCGGCGACGGACAGUCCUGCUCUGCAACCGGCGCGACGUUCCAAGCCAACUGCAACCUGAUCUUCUCGGCACCCAUCUACAACGUCAUAACGACCAGCAACGUCGGUGACUGCGUGAACGCUUGCGGGGCCGAUGCCAACUGCGUCGGCAUCAACUUCUUCUCACAGUUCCCGUCGUGGCUCCGCACCUCCGAGUGUAUGAUGUUCAGUUCGGGAACUCCCACCGCGGCGGGAUCGAGCAACAUCAUCUGGAGCUAUAGAAAGCUUUCUUCGUCGCACAAGAGGCAGAUUCAUCUCCUUGAGCGUGCACCGCCGCUGACCGUGAGUGCUUCGAUGAGCGCCUCCGCCACCGAAGCUGCGAGCGGAACUGCUACUGGAACCUCCAGUGGCAAUGUCCACCCGAUCCUCAUGCCGGAUACCCUCACUCGCACGGCUUCUCCUACUCCCACGGACCCUGCCACGGAUACUUCGGUUGCCUCUGUCACGGCUUCUGUGACGGCUACCGCUACAGAUGCUUCUACUGCCACCUCGACUGAUGCCACCGCGACCGAUGCCACUUCCACUGCCACCAGCACCAGCUCCCCUGACGGACCCCACGACUCCAUCGCCGUCACCAUCAAGGACGCAACCGGCCAGCUGCUCAUCAACCCGCACGUCAACGGCAGCCUCUUCGUCUCCUCAGCCGACAGCACCGUCUCAAUGGACCUCCUCACCAACGGCACCACCUUCAUGGCGGACUCCACCCGGCCUCUGGUCAUCGGCGACUCCGACAGCCGCAUCAUGUACUACUUCCCCAGCACCAUCGCCGCCGUGGGCGCCUCGCGUCUCCGCCUGGGCACCUGGGACGCCAUCCCCAUCGGCGCCGAGAUGAUUACGCUGUUCCCGGUGGUGACGAGCGCGGGGGCGACGGUCCUUGUGCCCAUGGACAGCAUGCAGAACGUGUUUUAUCCGUUUGUUUGCGACAUCAAGGGGCAGCUGAACAAGCUGUUCCUUGUGAGUGACAAGGAUAGCGGUGCGGCGACGCUGAUGGAUCCCGAUUUGGAGUAUACGGUUGUUGGCGGUGUUGCGCAGACGUGUGCCUCGCUGGCCAUGGUGGCUGAGCAUCUGCCUGGCUGGAGUCCUUCCGGAGCUUCUGCUUCUACCAAGGCUACUUCUACCAAGGCUACUUCUACCAAGGCUACUUCUACCAAGGCUACUACUUCCCCGGCUACGGUGACCCCAUAG